AUGAUUAUAAUAAUGUGGCUCUUAGUCUCAAUACCUGUAAUAACGAUCAAUGGCCAGUGGUUUACAUAUUUGACUCAAUUCUGGAAAUUAUGGUCAAAAAGAAGACAACAAAAGACGAAUCGAGUGAUAACUCAUGACGUCUGGAAGGAAAACAUUAACGACACCGGAAUUCUCCCCUUUCCUCACGAAUGGGAUUAUGAUUUGCCGACACAGCAGUUAAAUUGGUGA